AUGACCGCCGUCUUGUUUAUUUCUGCUAUUCUCCUCCCGCUCCUUUCCCACUGCAGUUCCGAAAUUUCGGUUCCCGUCAUUUCUGGUCGUUCCUACACUUUACAACUGGAAUAUCAAAAUGCGGAUGGAACGAAUUCGAAGAAAGCGGAAGGUAUUAAGCGACAACUGUUUGAUGAGACUGGCGGCAAAUGGCAAUACUUUUGGUUUUGUGGAGGAGCAAAGAAGACAUGUGGAAAGUGGGUGGAUGAGAAAAACAAAACUAUCCCCUCCGGCCCCAAAGUAACAAAAACCAGCGAGGGCGCCGUGAUCUCUAACAUGCAAAUUCGGGAUGCCGGAAAGUAUGCUCGUCUUCCAGAGGAUCCAAAUGCCCUCACCGCCGAGUUACAACAAGUCGGUGUAUAUGUGCAGGACGGGCCAACUACAGCAGCACCGGGAAAAGUUUAUAAGUAUUGA